AUAUUACCGAUACCAUCCACAUUGCACAACCAAAGUUCGAAAUAUUUGUUUAUGAUUAUCUUUAAGUGCUACAGGGACAUAUCUAAGAGACUGCUGGCAGAAUAUAAUACCUACUCUCAUUGUGGAAACUCCUUUAUAAUAAUGACGUCGAAUAAAAAGGUUCUCAAACAGAAAAGCAUAACAGACUUUUCUACAGCUACAAAGUCAGACAAUGGUAACAUGAGGGAACAAGGGAAAGAAGAAAAAGAGGAAUUUGAAUUCUUUUUUGGUCCAAAGUUUGUAUUUAGUCAGUUCCACCCAGCCAAGUUUGUGGUAGAAAAAGUAACUUACAACUGUAUGGAACAAUACAUGCACCAUCAAAAAGCAGUCACCUUUAAGGACGCAGAACGUGAAAGGGCAAUUCUGACGGAAACAGACCCCAAAAAACAAAAGAAACUGGGAAGGCAGGUCACACCUUUUGAUAAAGCUGUUUGGGGCAGGAAAUCUGUAGCAGUUGUAAGAAAAGGAAGCCUGGCAAAGUAUCGACAGAAUCCAAAAAUGAAAGAGGCCCUUUUUGCAACAUACCCGAAAACACUUGUUGAGUCCAGUCCAAGAGAUAGACUUUGGGGUAUUGGUAUGGGGAAAAGCAACCCAAAAGCACAAAACAGAGCUACCUGGCGUGGUAAAAAUCUCCUUGGUGACACACUCACUGAUGUUCGAAAUAAAAUGAUGGCUGAAGAAGGGUUGGUUCCUGGACCAGGAAGCAAUGAUCAAGGAGUUGCAUGUCAGACUACAGGUACAGAACACAAAGCUUCCUGUGAAGUUAGUGUAAAAGUUGAAGGUAAAUCUAAUAAAACUCAAACUGACACACAAACACAUAGAGAAUCUGCUUCCGUUUCACUGAAAAGUAAAGGAGAAACAAAAGAUACCCAACCAAUAUUAAUUAACAAAUCUGAAAUUACUCCAACUAAAGAAAGCAAGAAAAGGUCAAAGGAUCGAAAGACACCCUCUAAAGAUAAGGAAAUAGGUUCAUCAUCAGAUAAACAAACUAAAGCGGGAGAUACAGUCUUAGAUGAUAAAACAAAACAUACACCAUCAAAGAAAAGGAAAAUAACACCUUAUGAUGUAGAAAAAACAUCUAAAAAUGAAGGGAAACAAACUCCAUCAAGAGGGCAUUCAUCUUCAAAGAAACGAAAGACUGAUGAUGAAAAUCAAGAGAAACAGUCCCUAGGCAAAAAAGAACACACUCCAGCAAAGAAUACAGGAGACUAUGUAUCAUCAAAGAAAAGGAAAUUAGAACUUGAUAACGAGGAAAAGGAAACUAAAGAUAACAAGGAUGAAACUCAUUUGAGAGAAAAGGUAUUACAUUCAUCUUCUAAGAAAAGGAAAACUUAUGUAAGUCUUGAAAAACAAUCUAAAGACAGGGACGAACAGAGCCUUUCAAAAAAUAUAGGAAAACACUCAUCCUCAAAGAAACAAGAGAGUGAUACACUAUCAAAAGAAUCAAGGGAACUUACACCAUCAAAAGAUAAUGGAAACCAUUCUUCUUCAAAGGAACAAAAGACUGAUGAAAAAUUGGAUAAAUUAUCUAAGGAAGGAAGGGAACAUAUGCCAUCAAAAGAUAAAGGAAAACAUUCAUCAUCAAAGGAACAAAAGACUGAUGAAAAAUUGAAAAAAUCAUCCAAGGAUAGAAAGGAACAUACACCAUCAAAAAAUAAUGGAAACCAUUCAUCAUCAAAGGAGCAAAAGACUCAUGAAAAAUUGGAAAAAUCAUCCAAGGAUAGAAAGGAACAUACACCAUCAAAAGAUAAUGGAAACCAUUCAUCAUCAAAGGAGCAAAAGACUCAUGAAAAAUUGGAAAAAUCAUCCAAGGAUAGAAAGGAACAUACACCAUCAAAAGAUAAUGGAAACCAUUCAUCAUCAAAGGAGCAAAAGACUCAUGAAAAGUUGCAAAAAUCAUCCAAGGAUAGAAAGGAACAUACACCAUCAAAAGAUAAUGGAAACCAUUCAUCAUCAAAGGAGCAAAAGACUCAUGAAAAAUUGGAUAGAUUGUCUGAGGACAAAGAAAAACAUACCACAUCAAAUGAUAAAGAAGAACCAACCCCAUCAAGUGAUAAAGGAAAUCCUUCAUUAACAAAGGAUCAAAAGACUGAAGAUGAUUCAUCAUCAAGUGAUAAAGGAAAUCCUUCAUUAACAAAGGAUCAAAAGAUUGAAGAUGAUUCAUCAUCAAGUGAUAAAGGAAAUCCUUCAUUAACAAAGGAUCAAAAGACUGAAGAUGAUUCAUCAUCAAGUGAUAAAGGAAAUCCUUCAUUAACAAAGGAUCAAAAGACUGAAGAUGAUUCAUCAUCAAGUGAUAAAGGAAAUCCUUCAUUAACAAAGGAUCAAAAGACUGAAGAUGAUUCAUCAUCAAGUGAAAAAGGAAAUCCUUCAUUAACAAAGGAUCAAAAGACUGAAGAUGAUUCAUCAUCAAGUGAUAAAGGAAAUCCUUCAUUAACAAAGGAUCAAAAGGCUGAAGAUGAUUCAUCAUCAAAAAAUAAAACACUAAUAUCUGAAGAAAUGAGAGAGCAAUGUAAGGAUGAAGAUGCACAUUUAACAGAAGAAAAUGAACAAAAUAAAUCUAUAGAACACGAGAAAACAAUAGAAGAUGAAUCACAGGAGACAUCUUUAAAAGAGAUUGAAAGGUCAAAUGAUGAUGUCAUUCAAUGAUCACAGAACCAACAAUUCUUGUCCAAGGAAACAUAAAAUAUAUCUCACGAUGGUCGAUUGCGAUGUUGGAACUUAAAGAUUAAAAAGAAGAAAUAUCAGAUAAUUCAGAGAGUAGUAGUACAGUGAAAAACAUUUUACUAAUUCUGUUAAUGUUGUGUUUUUUUUAAAGAAACAAAAAUGAUAGUAUUAAUUUAAACAAUGCUUUUCCUUAAAAUGAUUUGAAGGGAUAUAUGAAAUGAAGAAAAAACAAAUUAUAUUGAGAAUUUAAGAUCAAUUAAGAUUGGUUUGACAAAUACGAGGAGUCCUAGAUAAUAAUGGUAUGUGGUGACUUGUAUUUGUAUUGUAAUUUUCUGACUUAUAUUAAUUAUAUUGAUUAUAGAUACAUUUAGUUAAGUUGACACAUGUUGUAGAUUAAAACAUUCAGUUGUUGUGAUUUUCUUGUAUUAAUGAAAUUCAUGUUUUAGAUUUAGACUUUUUAGUGUGUUUCAUCGGAGAACAAAGUUCUUACAAUGUGCUAUUGUGACUAAUCUCUGUCUGUUGUCUUUUUUUUUUAAAAAAAU